AUGUUGAACACCAACUGCAGGACACCGGAAACUACAGAAGCGAAGACUCCGAGUCCAUUAUCUUCUUCUGCCGGUAGAGAUUUCGUUUCCUGCAAUAUUUACCUUUUCACAAUUUCAUUUCUUCAUUUUUCGAUGAUCGACAAUCGCGCGAAUGUUUCACAGCCUAUCUGAAUCUUCUCGAUCGAUCGAAAGGCCCGAUUGCUCGUAAUAAAGCAAUAAAUUGUUAUACUUUACAGAAUAAUCGGACGAUUAGAAAUAUCUGCAAUUCAUUUUCUAUCUCAUAACCUCUGGCAUUUCUGCUUCACGUCGCAAGUUCAAGGGAUAUUGACGUUUUCUUUUUUUUUUUCUAUCACUGAACAAAGCCAACGAUGUGAUAGUAAUAUUUUUAGAGAGACGAGACUCACGCUGUCUCCGCUGAAAUAAUAAAACGUUCGAACGAAGAGUAAUCGAUCGUUGGAAAUCUACAAAUAGAAUAUCGAAAUUUUGCUCCUUCAAUUUCUAAGAACUUUUCGUACACGAUUCUUCUAGAUAUAUUCAGGAAAAUUCCCCUUCCCUCCCCCCCCCCAGUUGAACCUGAUCGUAUUAAUCAAGUUGAACAAAUCGAUAGCCUGACAGACUAAAUUUGAUGGUUACGCAGGUCGUUCGAUAAACGAGGACGAAGAGAACGCGAGAAGCGAGAGUAAUUCCGGAGGGAGUUCGCCAUCGGACCUGAAGAAGCGUCUUCAGCAUCACCCGUCGCCGAAUGAAGGAGUCACGCGUAUGGCAAGUCGCGUGAUCGGCAUCAGCCGGCGUCUCUCGCGGAAGCGAGACUUCUGCUUCCACGGGACGAGCAGUCGAAUAGAGGAGAACGUCGAGAACGAGGAAACGGUGGAAGAGGAGGCGACUCCUCUUUCCAAGAAGAGGUUGUUCAGCGACUUGAAAGCGAAAGACGCCCGAGCUCGCAGACGAGCGAAGAUUCGUCUGGCAAACGAGACAGAUCGAGAUAUCGUCGCCUCGAAGUCCAGCGAGGGCGGUGCCUCUGAUUUGCGGGACGAUUCGGCCAACAGCCAAAGAUCGGAGAAGCAUAGUGAACAUCAACGAUCACCACUGGGAUUCGAGGUGUUGACGAAUGCUAGUCAACGACAUUCGUCGUUAUCGGCGAGGUUAUAUCGAAAUCAAGAAGAGGAGACGAACAGUGGUUGCAGCUCUCAGAGAAACGCCUUUCAUCGUGUCGGUCCUAACACCUCUCGCGAAAAUUCUCCGAACAGCACAGUAGAAUUGCAACCAGUCUCGCCAAUUUCGCUGAGAAAUUCUUCGCGUAGCACGUACAGGCGCUUUGGUGGAGUAAUCUUGCAGAAUCUUAGCUCUGGUAGCGAGGCAGAGUCCAAUUUCGAAGAGAACACUGGUUCAAGUCGUAGGACGCCACAAUUCGCAGCUCAAGGCACCGACAUUUCGUCGAAUCUACGUGUCAACGAUCCGUCGAAUGCUCGGAAUUUCAACGACGAUUCGUCAUUAUCCUCGAGAAGAUCGUCCAGCCAAGCACUCGUCGAUUCUUCGAGGAACGAAUACCUCAGCAACAAACUGCAACAUGGUUCCAACGAUCCUUUAACGUUCGCAUUGUCUUUGCAUUCUCCGAGCAGAACACUGCGUGACAGGUCUUUCUAUAAAAUUCUGCAGAGUUCGAGGAGCGACUGCGGUCAAAGUGCGAAGAAAGAAACCCUGGACGAAGAACCUAUGUUCUUUUCUGCUAGGCGAGAAAUUCGCGACCACAACAGUCACGGAGAAUGUUCGCAGCCGGCGUUUGAAACUCUCGGUCUCCCUUCAGAUGUUGCCAAAAGUUUGCCUGGCAACUUUGAAGAGGAAACUUCAGGGCAAAGUUGCGAGAAGAUUUUCAACCAGAAUGAUCAAGAAACAAUCAACAGAAAGAAGUAUCUCAACUGCCGUGAAGAUCGAACUUUUCCCACAUGUGGGAGCGUAUACAGUGAGAAUUAUGAAGAUUGUGAGAAGAUCUUCGAUCGAGACUCCAGCUCGACUCCAAAAAGCAUGCCGUCGCCAGAGGUCAUCGUGCCAAGUUCAAUGUUUCAAAAAGCUGCAGACAACAAUCUUGGAUUUCAUUCGCCAAACGCGCACACUUUCGAAGAAGCGAUAUCUCGGUGUAUUUUGAACAACGAGACGAAUGUUCCUCGAUCAUCGCGAAACAUCAUGAUCUCGCGAUUGUCCAACGCGAGUGAAGAUCAGAGCGCAGCCUCCUCCUUCAGGGAAUUUUUCAUCAACGAUUUCAACGCCUUUUCACAGUACGAGAAUUUCUACUCGCAUCGAUCCGCCGGAAACAGCCAGGAAACGCACAGUCUGUGCUCGAACAAAGUCACCAGCGACAAGGAAUUCGCAAAUGUUCCAACCUUGGUACUGAACUCGCAAGAAGCGUCGUACUCGACGUCACCGAAUGGCAAAGAUUGCUCGGGAGGAGCACGUUUCGAUCCAAACACUCUGAUCAUGGCCCUGUCGAACGCGUCUUUGAAGCGACGAACAACUGCAGAGGAUGUCGCGGGGAAUAUCUGCGCCGACAGCAACACAGUCUCCGGUUUAGGAUCGUCUGAGAAUGAUUUCUCGAUGGGACAAUGUAGACUGGCAACGUCUCGUAGAUCGUCCCUCAGCGUGAGGUCCAAGAUACCAGUAAGAAUUCCCAGCGACAGAAGCAAAUCAUCGAUUGGCAACAAAUCUUACGAAAGCGACAAACGAACAAUCACUCCUGUCGACUCCGCUGCACAGAGUUUUCAAAAUAACUCAUCGUCCCUCGAAGGUUUCCAAUUCGAUCGCAGGUCGCACGAAAAUUCGUCUAUCGAGGGAAGCUACGCGGUUCGAGAGGACAUGGCCGAAUCAUCUGCAACCAAAGGUUCGAGAUCCGUUCAGAAUGAAUCUGUAGAUUUUCAGUUUGCUUGCAAGAGAGGUCGCGAGAUUUUGACCGUAGAAAAGUCGGAUAUGGCUUUGAUGGGAGCUCAGUUGAGGAACUGUUUGUCAUCACGAGUCGAGACAAGCGAUGAUAAUCGAUCGGAGAGCAAGGGAAACGAAGAGAAUCAGAACUGCGACAGAUCUGGUGUUGAUGGUCGCACAGCGAACACACUUAGGUUCUCGACUUUUGUUGAUAAUUCAAAAAAUUCCGAUAGGACUGAGGAACAGAGUACUCUGAAGCAAAAUAUCUGUUCGGGAAACGAAUCAGACAGCUUCUCGCCACGACGUGACGUGCGAAAGUGCUUGAAAAGUCUCGAGGGAGAACUAGAAGAAUCCACAAACGUCACAGCUGUUCCUCUGGAAAAUUACCAAAGCACAUACGAGAGGGAAUUUUUCCCUCGGAUGGUAGAUGAACAACGAGCAACUUUAUUCGAGAACCGAAUGGGGGACAGCGAAUGCCGGGGGAUUAUGAUUGAAGACUCGGAGAGAUCGAGAUCCUCAAGCACGGAAUCUCCAGUAGACGAUGGACUAGCGAAACCGAGAGAAAUCGCUGAAAAUCACGACAAGCUCCGAUUUUCCAUAGAGAAACUGGCAGCCGAUCAGUUUCGGAGAAACCUGAAUUUGAAACAGACGAGAACCAUUCAAUCGGACACUGUCACGUUCUUCCCAGAGAAGACGUUCUGCGACGUCGAGCAAUUCACCGUGGCAGGUUCCUCCUCGGCGUCGAGGUUGCGUCACGACAGACUGAGAGACUCGCCGCGAUUCAAGAAGAGAAGCCAGGAUAGAUUUCCUUUCACGAUUUCCGAAAAAACAAGCAUCGCCUCGACGAAGUUCAAGGUGCCUGGCCGGUUGGCCAACCUGGACGAGGACGAGGAAGACCGGGGUUACAAGCUGGACACGCACCCGAGUAUAACUAGAUUGGCCGGUUCCGAGUUCGAGGAUUCACCGGCGGACAUCAUCAGUUACGUGGCGCGGACAGAGCUGCCGGAUCGUUGCGCAAAAUCGUCGGGUAUGAAGGGGCUGGUGAAAAAGUUCUCCGCCAAGUGGAGGAAGUCGAGGAGGAGACGCGACAAUGGUAGCGAGCCAACGAACGCGACCAGCGUGAUUUAUAAAAACCAGGACUACCGGGAAGAAUGCGAGAGUUCGAACUGCUCGGAAUUGUCGUCGUUGCGAGAAUUCAAGAUAUACGAGAGCACGGAGGAGAGAUUGUGCGAACCUGAGCCGAAGCCCGACUCUCCGGACGAGAAGUCGUCGAUAGUUCACGAUCGAGCAUCGUACGAUGAAGAAAGUAAUAAGAACACGCCGUUGAGCGCCGAGAAUCCUUGUAGACGCUACGAUCGCGACGACCUGUGGGUUCAGCCGUUCAAAGAUCUCGAUUCCGAUCGCGGGAGAAAGGGGCAGAACGCAGAAGCGGCGGACAAAGGGGAUGAAGAGAAAUCGCAGGAUCCUUACUCGGUGUUUUUUGUAAAAAACGCGCGAGAGACAGCAGAGAAAGCACCGUUCGCCUCGGCGGACGUUUCGACCGAGAGACAAAAGAAUCGCGUAAAAUUUCGUGCAAGUUUGGUCGUGACACCGGAAUCAACCGAGAAUGUCCUUAGCAAAGGACAGAAAUCCGCCAAGAACAGAAAUCCCGAGCGUCUCCGGAGAGAUCGAAACGCGCAGAGUGAAUGCUUCUGCUUACGAUUUUAUCGAAUGAUCGUGUCGAUCUCGUUCGGUUCGAUUUCUAAAUAUCGGUCACGAAUAGAUGACGAUUCAUCAUCGGUAAGGAAGAGAUCACGCGUCACGUUGCAGAGAAAGAACGGUUGA